GCCUGCUUAGCAAUGCGCGUUCACGCGAUCGGGACGCAACUCUCGGGAGACAUACUGUUCUCGGCAUCACACCGGCCGAGGAUCCAGGAAGGUUAGUGGGCAGAGAGGGAGGAGAACCGCGAGGAGUCGACAGCUCAUUGUAUGAAAUCCAGCCGCGCAGAUCCUCCAGUCCACGAGGCAUCAUGAUUCCUGUGAUGGAAUUCCGGCAGUUCUCUGAACAGCAGCCAGCGUUUAGAGUCCUGAAGCCGUGGUGGGACGUGUUCACCGAGUAUCUGUCUGUAAUCAUGCUCAUGAUUGGUGUAUUUGGAUGUACUCUACAGGUAAUGCAAGAUAAAAUCAUAUGCCUUCCUCAGAGACAACUUCCUCCAGACAACAGCAGUCAAGUGGAAAUGAAGCCGCUCUUUAAUCUGCAGUCCAAUACCUCAGCUGUUAAAGAAAUGUCUGGCCUUAAAACUUAUCUGGAUAUUCAGCAAUACAGCUUCAUCAAUCAGAUGUGUUACGAAAAGGCUCUGCAUUGGUAUGCCAAGUACUUUCCCUAUUUGGUUCUCAUACACACUCUGGUUUUCAUGGUGUGUAGUAACUUCUGGUUCAAAUUCCCUGGCUCAAGCUCGAAAAUAGAGCAUUUUAUCUCAAUGCUUAGCAAGUGCUUCGACUCUCCCUGGACCACACGAGCUUUGUCUGAGGUGUCUGGAGAAAAUCCAGAGGAGAAGGAUGAUAAAAAGAGCAGGACAUCUCUGUCCAAUGUUGCGGUGUCUGCUGGAGAAGGCAGUCUGGUGAAAACACAGUCCCUCCGGUCGAUCCCAGAGAAGAUUGUUGUUGAAAAGACAUCAGCAAGUGUUCUUGAUAAAAAAGAGGGUGAACAAGCGAAAGCACUUUUUGAAAAAGUGAAGAAGUUUCGGCUGCACGUUGAGGAGGGAGAUAUCCUCUACAUUAUGUAUGUUCGCCAGACCGUGUUCAAAGUGCUAAAAUUCCUCGUGAUCAUUGCCUAUAACAGCUCUCUGGUGAAUAAAGUGCGGAAUAGAGUACAUUGUGAAGUUGACAUCCAGAACAUGACUGGCUAUAAAUACUUUAUGUGUAAUCACACCAUGGCUCAUCUGUUUUCUAAGCUUUCUUACUGUUACUUGUGUUUGGUGGCCGUCUAUGGACUGACAAACCUCUAUACCUCCUACUGGCUGUUUUACCGCUCCCUCAAGGAAUAUUCCUUUGAGUAUGUGCGUCAGGAAACGGGCAUCAGUGACAUCCCAGAUGUCAAAAAUGACUUUGCUUUCAUGUUGCACAUGAUUGAUCAGUACGACCCGCUGUAUUCCAAACGAUUUGCAGUUUUUCUGUCAGAGGUUAGUGAGAAUAAGCUGAAACAGCUGAAUCUUAACCAUGAAUGGACUGCGGACAAAUUGCGCCAAAGACUCCAGACAAACACAAAUAACAGACUUGAACUUCAGCUCUUCAUGCUCCCUGGUUUGCCCGACACUGUCUUCGAGUUGACGGAGUUGCAGUCGCUCAAGUUAGAGAUUAUCAACAAUGUCACCAUCCCUGCCUCAAUCUCUCAGCUGGAGGAUCUUCAGGAACUCUCUCUUUACCAGUGCUCUUUAAAGCUGCACACAACUGCCACCUCCUUCCUCAAAGAAAACCUGAAAGUGCUUCGAGUAAAGUUUGAUGAUAACAGGGAACUUCCAAACUGGCUGUACAGUCUGCGCAACCUAGAGGAACUCCAUCUCACAGGGUCACUGAGUCCUGAUGCCUCAAGGAACAUAGUUCUGGAGAGUUUGCGGGAGAUGAAGUGCCUAAAAACUCUCUCCCUCAAGAGCAAUUUGACCAAGAUACCCCAGUCGAUUGUCGAUGUGUCAAGCCAUCUGCAGCGCCUCUACUUGCACAAUGACGGCACAAAACUCGUGAUGCUCAAUAACUUGAAAAAGAUGACCAAUCUGAUCGAGUUGGAGCUUGUUCAUUGUGAUCUGGAGCGUAUUCCACAUGCCAUCUUCAGCCUGACAAGUCUGCAAGAGCUUGACCUGAAAGAGAAUAACCUUCGUUCUAUUGAGGAGAUCAUCAGCUUUCAGCAUCUUCGAAAGCUCACUUGUCUCAGACUUUGGUACAACAGCAUCAUGUACAUCCCAGAGCAUAUCAAAAAGCUCAGCAGCCUGGAGCGCCUGUACUUCAGCAACAACAAGAUCGAGAUACUGCCUUCGCACCUGUUCCUGUGCAACAAGCUGCGCUACCUGGAUCUCUCCAACAACGACAUCCGUUUUAUCCCUCCAGAAAUUGGAGUCCUUCAGAGUCUGCAGUACUUCUCAGUCACUUGUAACAAGAUUGAAAUCCUCCCGGAUGAACUGUUCUUUUGCAAAAAGCUCAAAACGCUAAAGUUAGGCAAGAACUCGCUGUCUAUACUCUCACCAAAAAUUUCCUACCUAUCUUUGCUGACCUACCUGGAGCUCAAAGGCAACCACUUUGAGCUCCUGCCACAAGAGCUUGGCUGCUGUCGUGCUUUAAAGCGCUGCAGCCUCAUAGUGGAGGAAACACUAUUUGAAACUCUGCCUUCAGAUGUCAGGGACCAAAUGAAGGCUGAGUGAAGUGCCUUACUGUAGCCACAGUGCCUACUGUUUGUUCUGUUUGUCAGUUCAGACCAUUUCUGUGAGGUGAAGCCAUUAGAAUACAAACAUUACUUUUUUCCCCUCAAUUUCCUACAUGGAAGUAGUAUGGCAUUUCAGUAGUUGUUAUACUUUGUGUGGCAGUGACAGACAUAAAAUAUUAAGUCACAAAAACUUUGUAAAUGAGUAGUAGUAGAGUACUUUAUCUUUCUUACUAAAAGUUUCAGGGAAAGAUUCAUAUUAAUCUCAUAUCUGCUCAUUUAAUAUUAAUGCUGUAUGCUAGUGUGUCCUCUAGGUUUUUAGCAUUGGUGGCAACGUUGGU